ACGGCGCGCGGCAGGCUGGUUCCGGAAGCCGCUCUCCUUCGCCUUCCUCGUUUGUCUCCUGUCACCAUGGCGCUGGCCGUCUUGCGGGUCCUGGACCCCUUCCCGACCGAGGCACCCCCGUUGGCGGUGCUGCUGCCCCCCGGGGGCCCGUGGCCUGCAGCGGGGCUGGGCCUGGUGCUGGCUCUGCGGCCCGCAGGGGAGAGCCCCGCAGGGCCGGCGCUGCUUGUGGCGGCCCUGGAGGGACCGGGCGCGGAGACCGAAGAGCAGGGUCCAGGGCCCCCGCAGCUGCUGGUUAGCCGCGCGCUGCUGCGGCUCCUGGCUCUGGGCUCCGGGGCGUGGGUGCGGGCGCGCCCUGUGCGGCGGCCUCCGGCGCUGGGCUGGGCGCUGCUUGGCACUUCACCGGGGCCCGGGCUGGGACCGCGAGUCGGGCCGCUGCUGGUGCGGCGCGGAGAGGCCCUACCAGUGCCCGGACCGAGGGUGCUGGAGACGCGGCCGGCGUUGCAAGGGCUGCUGGGCCCAGGGACGCGGCUGGCAGUGACUGAGCUCCGUGGGCGGGCCAAACUGGGUCAGGAGGCUGGGGACAGCAGCCGGCCCCCACCCCCACCCGUGGUGUCGUCCUUCGCGGUUAACCGCACAGUCCGGCGACUCCGGGGAGUUCUGGGAGGGACUGGAGAUUCACUGGGGGUAAGCCGGAGCUGUCUCCGUAGCCUGGGCCUCUUCCAGGGCGAAUGGGUGUGGGUGACCCGAGCCGGAGAGUCGUCGAAUACUUCCCAGCCACAUUUGGCCAGGGUGCAGGUCCUAGAGCCUCGCUGGGACCUCUCUGAAAGGCUGGGACCCGGCUCUGGGCAGCCGGGAGAGCCCCUCGCUGACGGACUGGCCCUCGUGCCUGCCACUCUGGCUUUUAAUCUCGGCUGUGAUCCCCUGGAAGUGGGAGAGCUCAGAAUUCAGAGAUACUUGGAAGGCUCCAGCACCCCUGAAGACAAAGGAAGCCGCUCAGUGCUGCCUGAGCCUCUGUUUGCCAAAGAGUUACACAUCGAAAUUGUGUCCUCUCCCCACUACAGCACCAACGGAAAUUAUGACCAUGUUCUUUACCGGCACUUUCAGACACCCAGGGCAGUCCAGGAAGGGGAUGUUCUGUGUGUGCCAACAGUUGGGCAAGUAGAGAUCCUGGAAGGAAGCCCAGAGAAACUGCCCAGCAGGUCCUGCAAAGGGAAGGGAAGCCUUGCUAGGAAGCUUCUGUGAUCCCUGAAAUGGAAUUCCAAUGUUGGUGGUGUAGCCCCUGGAGGCUGUUCCGCGGUUCCACUCCCCCAGAGCAAACCAGCAAGGAUCCAGCUCCACUGUCUCCCGUCUGGCUCUUGAGAACACAGCCCAGCUUUCCCCAGCAAUAUCCAGAUACGUUCAAGAGCUCUGAUCCUUGUACUUACUGAGAUGGUCCUGCUGUCCGUGGAAGGGGGGACUUCCCCCUAACCUCCCACGGUGCUGUUCCUCCUUGGAUUCCACUGCUCACCAUGUGCACUGUGACUCAGGGUUGAGAGGCCAGGUUCUAGCACUACCUACUGUUCAUUUAUACUGAAUAUCAGUAAGACACAGGCU